AUGUCGGACCGCCGCGCGCAUAUCGGGGGUAUCGGUUCCGGCGAACCCCCAUCGCGAUGGACGAAAAACCUCCCGAACGCGCCCACCGUCCGAGCACUCGUCCUCGUCACCGCGCUGAAAGUGCUGUUGGUGCCCUGCUAUCGCAGCACCGACUUCGAGGUGCAUCGCAACUGGCUCGCGGUGACGCACUCCCUGCCACCCGCUCGAUGGUACACGGAGAACACAUCGCAGUGGACCCUGGACUAUCCCCCUCUGUUCGCGUGGUUCGAGCGCGCGCUCGCGUCCGUCGCCGCGUUCGUCGAUCCCGGAAUGUUAACCAUCAGGUCCGACCCCUACGAGUCGUUCGCCACGGUGGUGUUCCAGCGGUGCACGGUGAUGGCCGCGGACGUGGUGCUGUUCAUCGGGGUACUGUGGCAGACGUCUCCAUCGCUGCUGGGCUCGUCGUCGCGGUCGGGAGUCACGUCGCGCGCGCUCGCGCUGACGCUGGUGGCGUUCUCGCCGGGUCUGCUCAUGGUGGACCACGUUCACUUCCAGUACAACGGCAUGGUCAUCGGCCUGCACGUCUGCGCCCUGACCGCCGCGCACGCCCAACGUCCGGUGCUGGCGGCGGUACUGUUCUCCGUGCUGGUCCACACGAAGCACAUCUUCGCGUUCGCGGCGCCGGCGAUGGCCGCGCAUCUCCUCGCGCACCACGCGUGGGCCGAGUGGCGAUGGAUCGGGUCCAUCGAUCGCGUCGGGGCUUCGCGUCGCGUCUUCGCCUUCGCGGCGUCCGCUAUCGCGGUGACGGCGGUGUCGUUCUACCCGAUAUGGCGCGCGGGGGCGAUGCAGGCCAUGCUCGCGCGGUUGUUUCCCUUCGGCAGAGGUUUAUCCCACGCGUACUGGGCGCCAAACUUUUGGGCAAUUUACAAUUUCGCCGACAAGUGCGCGCUGGUCGCGGCGAGGCGCGUCGGCCUCGGGGGAUACUUUCCCGCGCCCGUCGGGUACAUGGCGGGGGGAAUGGCCGGUCACGGCGGGACGGGCGCACAGACGCACGCGGUGCUUCCCACCGUCACCCCGGCAAUCGCGCUCGCGGUCGUGGCCGUCUCGAUGGCCCCCGGCGUCGUUGAACACUCGCGGACGUUAUGGCCGCGGGACAGGUCCACGUCGUUGGCGCAGCUGCGCCGGGGCUGGCAGCUUCAGCGCCACGUUCACCUGCUACGACUCACGGCGCACGUCACCCUGUGCGCCUUCAUGUUCGGUUGGCACGUGCACGAGAAGGCGUCGCUGAUGGUGACUGUCCCAUUGGCGCUCGCCCUCGCGCUGGACAACGCUAACCUCGCCGGGGAGGAAGGACGGCGACGGUUCGUCUUCCACGCGAGCGAGUACGUCUUCGUCGCCACCGUGGCGACGUACGCGGUGUCCCCACUGCUGUUUCAGCCCAGGGAGUGGCCGAUCAAGGCGCUGGUGCAGGUCAUCGGCGUCGUCGUGACCAGGGGGACGCUGCGCGUCGCGGCGUCAAAGUGCGGGCAAAAAGGCGGAAAAGGCGUCGAGCCCGUCGUCCUCCUCGGUCGACUCCAGUGGGCGUACUUGGUGCUCGGUCUGCCCGCGCUCGAGUGGUACGUCACGUGGGGACACGCGUGGGUGUUCGGCGCCGGGCGGAUGGAGUUUCUGCCCCUGAUGCUGACGUCGACGUACUGCGCCGCGGGGAUCUCGUUCGCGUACUUUGUUCAGGCCGCGGGGUACUUUGGGAUGGACGUCUCAAACGCGUAUACACAUCCGUGCAUCACCACGCGUCAGGGAGCCAGGCGUUGA